CCAAUAUGGCGUUUGACUAUUGAAAAGUAAAUAGAUGUCUACUUAAAUAGUCAUUCUAAUGAAAUAGCAAAUCCGAUGGAGCGAAAUAAUUAUUCGAAAUAAUUUUAACUUUUUAAAUAGAUCUAGGCAUACAGCAUUCACACAAAUAUCUAGCUAUUGCUUCUACUAGCUAGUCUAAGUCUAUUUUAAUUUAAAAUGUUGAAACUGCACAAUCAAUGAUUUGGUGAUUAAAUCAGAUUUGGGUCACUCUGCUGACUGCUGUGUUUCGUAAACUGUGAACUUCAUAUUCUUUUUCUAGACUAGUCUUAUCUAAGAAAGCUAUAUCUAACCUCUUAAAUAUCACAUAAACGCCAAUACUAAAUCUUCUCGGAUGUGUUUAAUUAAUAAAAUAAUUAGUUCAAUUGUUUGUUGUCUGUGAAGCAACAUACAGUGAGUUCUUUUGGUUGACUAGUAGUACAGUAGUAGUAGUAGCCUGAAGAGUGAAGACUCCCAUGACAAGUCAGUGAAUGUGAUAAAUGAAUCCUCAACAAGAUUUGAUCAGAUAAUGACAGAAAUACAUAACCUUUUCAAAAUUAACCAAUUGAUGGGAGCAGACUUGAUUUGAAAUGUCUGUGACCCAAACAGGAAAUGUUAAUCUACCCUGGAAAAAAUGUCUUCUUUGUCGUGAUGUUGUGGCUUUUAAGUCACCGAGAGAUUUCAGCCAGCAUUUGCGAGACUUCCAUUGCUCAAAAGAAGGUGGCUCGUAUGUGUGCAGAUACGGCAUGAAUGGUGUCUGUCCUUCAUUACCUCUUGAAGGAGUUAGUGAUAGAGAUUACGAUGAUCACGUUAUAAAGGACCAUAUAAGCAGUGAUUAUGGAGGAGCUCGCAGUAAAAUUCCAUCAAACAGACAUCAGGAACGUCCACCGAGCGAGUCACACACGCCAUCCAACACAGACCCCAACAUUGUGCAGGAUCAGUACAAGUGGACCAUCCACAAUGCUACUGUUAACCUGCCUGCCCUUCUUAAUGACCCAAGGCUGGUUAAGAGAGAAACAGACUUUUUUACUAAAACAUGGGGUCAGUCAUUUGAAAAAGUGGAGAUUCUUCCGUCUCCGUAUGUACCAGAAAUUGGACCUGAACACUUUGAGAAAUACUUGAGGAAAACAUCAGUUAGGUUAAAAAGACAUUCCAAAAACAAGGAGAAACUUGUUGAAGGGGCUGAGGGAGGCAAGGAACAUUUCCCAUCACACCAUUUGAAACAAAUAGAGCAAAGCAGGGCAGAAAUGGAUCAAAUCAAGAUCUUUAUGUCUGCCCACUUUAACCUUGAAAACCCUGACGUCUUUGGUGCUGUGUUUCCUUGGACACUGGUAGAAGAUUCCAGAAAUUCUACCCAGACUGACCCUAAACAGUCCUCUAAACUUCUGCAAGAAAAGCUGAGCCACUACCUAGAUAUAGUUGAAGUCCGAAUAGCUCGCCAAAUAUCACAGAAAUCUGAAGCAUUUUUCCAUGCCAUGACAUCUCAUGAUGAGCUGCAGGAGAAGUUAACUCACACAAUCAAUUGUAUUCAACAUCUCAGGGAGAGUAUAAAUAUAUUAAAUGAGAAAAUAGCAAAAGAAUCACUGAAGGUCAUUAAACUGUCUCACACUAGAGCUAACUACAUGGCAUUAUUUAACAAAUUAAAAAUCAUGGCUUCCAUCCAUGAAACCCAACCAACUAUACAAAGACUGUUGUCUAACAAUGAUUUUAUUGGUUCCUUGGAUCUCAUCUCCACCUCUCAAGAUAUCCUCAACAAGGAUCUGGCUGGGAUUCACAGCUUUAGGCACCUUGGGUCACAGUUGGCAGAGAUGGAGAAACUAAUUGACAUGAUGCUACAGGCAGAUUUUAGUAAAUGUGUAACCACAGAGCUGAAUAGACCGGUGGUGGAUCUUGUUCUUGUAGCGGAUGAGGAUCGAGUUGUAUCAGUAUUAUUGGGUAUGUUGAGACAGCACAAAUUCAAUUUUGUUGAUGUGUACAGAGAGGAGGCUUUUACAGCGUUGAAGGCAGUUGUCAAACAGACUGUAGUGGAAGCUGUGGCAGUGGCUGAUGACAUUGAUACAGAGAACAAUGCUGGGAGCUUAGCUGACCAGAUGAGACUUCUCAAUUACCCACAGUGGAUGGAGCUGCUGCAUGAUAUCUUUAAAAAUGUCAAGGUUACACUCAACAGAGCACAGGCAUUCUACGGCAUCGUGACAAAUGUCCUAGGUAUUGCCACAGGAGAGACCAAAUCUUCCACAGCUUCAAAACAAAGCAAUGAGGAAGUGAAUGAAACAAAAUACCUGCAUGUCUCUGUGAGUGAGGAUGUUGAUGUGAUGAUCUCAAAUGGAGAAUAUGACAAGGCCCAAUCAAAUCUAAAGCUAAUGUUGCAUGCUGUUUGUGACUAUGCACAUGACAGGUGUGUCAAGGUUAUCAAUGCUAGAAGCAAGGAUGGGUUCCUGGAUCGUUUAUCCUCGGCUGAGUUUGUGAGCUUGUCCAGAUCUAUAGAAAGUUUUGUCACAGACACGGAGCAGGUGUGUGGAAGAAAGAGCAUGUCACUGAGAGGUGUGCUGCAGACCCAGGCAAACAAGUUUGUUGCCAGGUUCCAUGAGGAGAGGAAAAACAAACUGAGUCUGAUUUUAGACAACGAGAGAUGGAAGCAGGCUGAUGUACCAGCAGAAUUCCAGAAUUUGGUGAACCAUGUGGUUGAAAAUGGUGCCCUAACCCUUCCUGAAAAAAAAUCAAGCACAGGCAGUAAAACAACAGAAUGUCUGCUUGUUGGGGGUGAACAAUAUGCUGUAGUGGGAACUGUUCUGAUGCUGGUGAAAAUGAUGGUAGAAUACUGUCAGUGUGUUGUUGACAUUCCUACAGCCACUCCAGAUUUGCUGACUCGGCUCAUUGAUUUACUCAAGAUGUUCAACUCCAGAACAUGUCAGCUGCUGAUUGGAGCUGGUGCCAGACAGUUAGUUGGUUUGAGGACAAUAUCUACAAGGAACUUAGCUCUAGCCUCUCGCUGUCUUCAGUUGGUUGUGUUUUUCAUUCCACAAGUUACAGAACAUUUUGAACAAACUCUACCUGCCAAAAAUAUAAGCAUGCUCAAGAAUUUUAAGAAAAUCAAAAAGGAUUACGAUGACCACAUAGAAGAAAUUAAUUUAAAACUUUUGUCAAUCUCAGAAAACAUGGCAGAAGUUCAGUUGUCAAAGUAUGAGGUUAAAGCCCCCAUGCCAUCCCAGUGCUUCAGGACAAUAUGCAAACAGCUAGCUAAGUUACACGAAGCCUUAGUUGGAAUUUUACCAACUCCGCAAAUCAGGCAACUGUUUGAGAGGAUGAAUUCUUCCUUUCUCGGUUUACUUGGUAAACGUUUGGCUGCGCUAAAGGUCACCAAUGAUGGAGGACCCCAGUGUGGGCUUGUGAUAUCAGACCUGAUCUUCUACUCAGGAAGCUUCAACACCCUGAAAGGUCUGGAGAAUUUAGUCAGCAAUACAAAUGCUGUGUGGGACGUCAGGUGACAGACCUCACAGCACCACAUCUUCUCUUUUGUUGGAUAGCUGUUGCCAUACAUAACAAUGUGAUGACUCGUUUUUUCAUUGGAUAGAAGCUGCUCCCUGUGUUUACAUACUGUACAAACCACAACUAUCAUUGUUAAAGUGUAAGUGUCCAAAACAAAUGGCAGUGUUUAAAGUUUAAUUAAAACACAAGUCAGUGUUUAUUUAAAGUGUCAGUCUGUGUAUACUAUUCCCAUUGUAAUGGGGGAUGUGUUAGCUGUGACUGUGUUAACAUGUCCUGAACCUGAAUGUAGGUGUAUUUGACUUAAGGGAAAGUUUGACUAGAAAGUUUGUUACACUGUUCCAUUUGGGAAAGAUAAAUGAUUAUUCAAGUUUUGUAUCUGUGCAAUAAUAUUGAUUAGGUGGUAUACAAAAUUGUGAAUAAUUUUAAGUUAUUAGAAGCAAUUUUUUUUACAAAGAUGUAUCACAUAAAAUUCAGAGAGUGCAUUUGAAUGAAAUACUUUAUUUUUGUUGCUUAGUUUCUGUAACUUCUAAAGUUUGUAAUUUCAUGUUUUUAUAUUACUGUGAUAUGAAAGAUAAUGUUGACUGAAGAGAUCAGAGAAAGGUUGUCAGAAUCUGUAAUGAUAAUCUUUGAUUUAAUAAAAACCCUUCUGUUCUAUACAGUAUAGGAAGCAUUUGAAAAUAUAGUUUUAAAGUGCUUUUAUUUUUACUGCAGUGGAACAAUUUAAUUUAUAUACGCUACAGUUUAUUUGAAAAAUAGAUUCUAAGUUUAAACUGACCAUAUGACAUUAACAAAAUGAAUAUUUUACCUUGUAAAUUGCUCCAAUCUGCUUCUAUUAAAAUAUCUUUAAAACUUGUGUUAUUUGCAGGCUGUAUACACAAUUUUUUUAAAUUUUAUUAUUUGUGAUUUUUUUUUCCCAAUCAUUUUUUUCUCCAUCUCAUUUGAAGAAAAUAUAGAUUAUGAUAAGAAGGAGUUAAAGGUUAUGUUUAUAAAAUAGUUUCCAUUCAACCCUAUGUCUUUGAGCCAGUAAAACAUACUUUAUUACUUUCCUUCAUUCAACUUAAGUAGACAAUCCAAGUUACAAUAUGAUUCCAAUAUGUAACUGAACACUACUGAAUACACUCCCCUUCAUUUGAUAGUGAAAUUUAAACAGAUGUGUGCUCUAGCAAUAUUUAUUUGACAAAUUAAAAUCUCGUUAGGACUGUUACUCAGGUUUGGUAGCUGCCAGUAUUAUGUCCUUUAAAACAAGUGUCCAGCAUGAAAGCAUUUCUCAGAUCAUCUUAGAUUUAUGCCAGGUGCUCAUUCAUCUUUCAGGUAUUACCAACCAACUUCUUAAGACAUCAAUGAAGCUAGAAAUUCUGAUGGCCAUUUUUACAAUCAUUAUAUCUAUCAGCAACUCCCAGUUUUCUCCAGGCUUACACUCUAGUGUUGGUUACCUUCUAGUCCUCCUAACCACGAGAACACAUUGUACAUGAGUUUCUUACUGCUGUAAAUACUUAUCUUUUAACUUAUACACCGCUACAAUGUUUUAUACUCUACUCUGGGCAGGUUGAUAUGGUUUAGGUAAAUAUGCUACAAACCAGCAUUUUAAGCACUUGAUUAGAAAUUGAUGAGCAGUUUUACAAAACUUAAGCCUUAAAAAAAAGUGAUUACUUUUGAAUUCUAUUAGAAUCUCCAUUUUUAUCAUUUGAAACUAAUUCAUUAAUACUUAGUAAGAACAAAAAGAUGAAACUUAUUUAGUUUUGGAAAAAUUGCUCAAAAAUGACAGUGUGUAAAAAGUGUAGGAUAGCUAUUUUAAGUUAAUGAAAUGUUGAUUGAAGUUUAUUUUAUGGUAUAACUAUAAAAAAUGAUGUAACAAUUAUUUUUAUGUUUUAAAAAACUGCUCUUCAAUGAUUUAAAAAUAAAUACAACAUUCCUAUCUAUACAGUGCAAUUCUUUAAAAGUAUUUAUUUAGAAGUUUUAUUUUCAUCCCAGGUUAUAUGUAUUGAUGGAUUGUUUGAAGAACAUUUGCUUUGAUAUAUUAUUUUAAUAUUUUCCUCACAUGCUAGGUUCAUUGGACAAUGGCAUGUUUUGAAUAAAUGUCAAAUUUGAAAGAUUUUUAUUUUUAUUAUUGAGAAAUGAAAUAAAGAAAUAAAAUGUGGGGACGAUUUUCAAAAGAUGUAUUCUAAGUUUAAUGAUUGUUAUAUGUCACUACAGUAGAAAAUUGGCCUGAUUCUCAUUUGACUAGAAUCAGUAUUUUAUUUUCCUUUUUUUUUUAAAUUUUGUGGGUCCACAUAAUUUGCACAUGUAUUGAAGUUCAUCAACCCAAAGAUUACACAAAAGAUGAGUUUCAAUAUUUUUAUUACUUUAAAAUACUAGUAUCUGUAUAUAUAUGCAUCUGUGCGUCAUUUACACAACAAUGACAUAUUUACAUGUAUUAAACACA